AUGGGUCUCAGCGUCGCGAUCGAGGGGGAUAUCCGCCAAUUCGCGGUGAACUCCCUCAAAGUCGGUUUUGUUCUCGCUACAGCCGUUUGGCUGGUUUCUGGAAUCAUCGGGUGCAUCCAGAAUGUAUACUUCCAUCCUCUCUCAAAAUUCCCUGGGCCACGUCUAGCUGCAGCUACGAGCUGGUGGUCAGCAUAUCAGCAAGCGGUUGCACACAGGUCGAUGCAUCAUAUUUGCAUCGACUUACAUGCCAAAUAUGGCGACAUUGUGAGAAUAGGGCCAAAUAGACUUCACUUCAAUCAUCCCACACAUUACGAUGAUAUAUACAGGAAACGUUUUGAUAAAGAUCCAUACAUGUAUGCACUCCUAGGCGGAGACGGCGCCACGGUCACAUUUGUCAAACACCAAGACAACAAGGAUCGAAAGGACAUCCUCCAUCCUUUUUUCUCCAAGAGCGCUGUCUUUAUGCGAGAGAGGCUCAUUGAGGCUAACAUCGACAAAUUUUGUGCCAACCUCAACCGACUUUAUGAAAAAGGUGCUUCUGUAAACAUGUCGCUAGGGUUCCGUUGCAUCGGGUUGGAGACUAUCACCACCCUCUGCUUCGGCGACUCAGCGUCGUGCUUCGAGAGCGAGGACUUUCACAGUCCCGUCCUGGAUUCCAUGGAGUCCAUCGUCUCAUGGUUCAUGGUAUUCAAGCACUUCUGGGUGGUUCGACAGCUCAUACUCCUUGUGCCAGAGUGGGUCGCGCUUGUCUUGUUCAAGAGAGGUGUAGCGUUCGCGCAAAUGAAAGACGCGUUCGCACAACAGAUCGAUAAGAUUCAAGCAGGUCUGGAUAAGCAAGAAGAAACUGACUUUCCGCUCAUCUACCGAGCCCUGUGUGAUCCAGAGCAAUACAAGAAAGGCGCAACAAUGACGAUGGCAACCUAUCAGCUGUGCAAAUACCCCGAUAAAAUGAACAGGGUCAAGGCAGAGAUCAAAGAGCUGUGGCCGGACCUCCACGGACCGAUGCCUAAAGCAGCCCAGCUCGAGAAACUGCCUUACUUGACUGCGGUAAUCAAGGAGUCUUUGCGUAUGGCUCCAACAACGACCUCUGAGAACUCAAGGCUUGUCCCAGCCAAAGGCGCCAAGAUAGGCGAGGAUUUUAUACCUGCAAAUACCAUCGUGAGCAUGGGUGUGUUAUUCCCGAUGCAGCACCCGUAUGCAUUUGAGAAACCAGAGCAAUUCAUUCCGGAGCGCUGGCUUACCGAGGACCCGGAGGCACGAGAAAGGCACGAGAAAUUCUUCGUGCCAUUCUCUAAGGGGCCUCGGAGUUGCCUGGGCAUUAAUCUGGCCUGGUGUGAAAUGUACCUUGCGCUGGCCAGUCUAUACCGCCGUUUCGAUAUCAGGUUAGACGGAACGAAGGAUGAGGACUUCGACUGGAUUGACGUCGGCCUCGCCCUAUUUAAGGCUCCGUUGAAAUGCUAUGUUUCUCCUGUCGUUGAAUGA